CCAAUUCGCGGGAAGUUUCGAAGGGAGAGAGUAAACGGUGAGCUUCUAUGGCGGCUCAUUGCAAGUCUUUUCCUUUCCCUUGCAGAACAUACCGUAUCGGAGCUAGAAGUGGACCCUUAUCCUCACAGUUAUCUUCGCGUCUCAUCUCAUUUCCUCUGUUCCCAACCGGCCUCCAUCCUGAUACGUUAAAGCUCUCCUCACGCAGGUGGAAUGGUGUGGUUUCUGCUGUAGUUUCUGAAGAGACUGCUGUUGGGUCGAGGUUUUCUGGCACUAAUGCAUUCAAACUUACUUACUUAGAGGGAAAUAGUUGGUUGUGGGAUGUGAGUGGUGUGAAAAUCUUGGUUGAUCCAAUACUGGUGGGUAACUUGGAUUUUGGGAUUCCGUGGCUCUAUGAUGCUGCCAAGAAAUUCUUGAAGAAUUUCCAGCUUAGUGAUCUUCCUCAAGUUGAUUGCUUAUUGAUUACACAAAGUCUUGAUGAUCACUGCCAUUUGAAAACCUUAAAGCCACUGUCAGAAAUGUCGCCAAAUCUUAGAGUCAUUGCAACUCUAAACGCCAAGGCUUUGCUGGAUCCUCUUUUUAGAAAUGUGACGUAUCUAGAGCCUGGUCAGAAUUCUGAAGUUGAAGCAGGAAAUGGUUCCAAAGUCAGAAUUCAAGCAACUCCAGGACCAGUUCUAGGUCCUCCCUGGCAACGACCUGAGAAUGGGUAUCUUGUCAGUUCUCCACAGGGCCAGUUGACCCUCUAUUAUGAACCUCAUUGUGUAUACAAUAAGAAUAUCCUGGAGAAGGAACGUGCUGAUAUAGUUAUCACACCAGUCAUCAAGCAGCUUCUUCCUAAGUUUACAUUGGUUUCAGGACAAGAAGAUGCAGUCCAACUCGCAAAGCUACUCCAUGCAAGUUUCAUUGUGCCAAUGAAAAAUGGAGACCUUGAUAGCAAAGGGAUUCUUGCUACCAUAAUUGAGGCAGAAGGAACAGUUGAAUCAUUCAAGGAGCUUUUGUCAAAGGAACUACCAGAUGCUCAAGUAUUAGAGCCAACCCCAGGUGUACCAUUGGAAAUUCCAUCCCCUUCAAGUCUUCCCUAGCGCAUUUUUUGGUUUUUUU